CGGAAACGGAAAAGAUCCGAUCAAGUUGACCUUACUGUAGCUUCAGCGGUCAUCGGGGACAAGACUAAGGGCCACCAGGAAGAGGAGAGGAAGCGGAAAAGGGAGCUGUGCGAGCAGGAGUUCGUACAGGAGGCAGUGACCGCCCACAACCAUUACAGGUCCUUGCAUGGCGCACCAGAGUUGAAGGCAUCCAAAACAUUGACCGCUCAUGCGCAGGUCUGGGCAAAUGAGAUUGCGGAGAAGAACAUGAUGAUCCAUAGCAACUGCACCCUUAGCGACGACAGUCAGAUAGGUGAAAACAUUUACAUGUGCUGGACGUCUAAUGGAGGAACCGUCCCUAAAGCACGAGACGCUGUCCGCUCAUGGUACAACGAAAUCCUUCACUAUAACUUUGGUUGCCCCGAGUUCUCCUUUAAGACAGGCCACUUCACCCAGGUAGUUUGGCGGGAUACGAAGCUGCUCGGGAUCGCCUGGGCGCGCUCAAGCGAGGGAGGGAUUUACGUAGUGGCAAAUUACGCGCCGGCGGGAAAUGUGCACGGGGCGUUCGGGGAAAACGUGUCGCAGUUGAUAAGCGCGGGAAUCGAGAAGGCGCCGCUGGAUGAUAGGAACAAUAACAGUAUAGAUGUGGAGGAAGAAGCGUGAACUUCUUUGAUAUCCGAUAAGCUCAUGCUAUCAAGUGCAACGAUUUGAUAUACUUGUGGUUUCAAGAAUGAGAAUAUGAUAAACAAGUGAAAAAAAGCUUCAAGGCAUUACUUUGAAGUGAACCAUACCAAUUUUCAGUCAAUAUGUAGUUCCAAUACAAAAAAAUGACAUUCAUUUGUAUGGAACUAAACUGUCAAAUAGUACAAAAAGGAUAGCAACGACGUUGACAUUAGAAGUUUUUUGUUUUUAAUAGGGAAACUGGAGAAAAUACGAAACACUCGCUUUUAUUUCACCUAACAGUGUACGGCAAAUUUAACAUUCUGUUUUGUUGUUGGAAGUGGCAAGAGUCCUUUGCAUCAACGCGGUCCUUACUUAAGUUCAAUAAUUAAAUUAAAUGUCUUGGUAUCUUUCACAAGUCAUUAAUUUAACGAACAUACUUAUUAUAAAUGUUAAUUUCUUGAAGCUACAAAAUGCAGGCGUUACUUAAAGUGUACGAUAUUUGAUAGAUAGAAUCCUGACGCUGCUGGGAAAAUGUCAACACCAUCGAUUACAUACAUGUAAAACAUUUUCACAUUUGUAAACAACAGAACCUUAUUCUUCAUAUGUGGUACACAUAUUUUUCCCCACAUGGAUUAAGCAGCUGUAUUCCAUUUAUUGUCUAUGAAGUAGUGAUCACAUCAACUAUUUGAUAUGCGAUACAACCAUGCUUUUAUUCUCACGCGUACCGCUUUCUAUCUGAUACACUCGUGUAUGACACUUGUUUUUCUGUAUUGUUUCCUUUAUGCAUUACCUCUCCGUUUAACUCUUUCAGUGCUGGCACCGAAUUUUGAAGGCCUUUGCAAACAGUUUGGAUCCAGAUGAGACGCCACAGAACGUGGCGUCUCAUCAGGA